CGCAGUGCUCCAGACACGUGGUGGCGCUGUGGACAGUUUCCUUCCCGCUUUCUGACGCUCUUUCGCGGACUGUGCAGUGUCAGGUCGCGGCUGUCAUGGCGGCGUGCAGGGCGCUCGUGAGUCGCGCUGUAUUACCUCUGCAUUUCCAUCAUGUGUGCAGAGGAGUGAUGCUCACACACAUCAGAGAGAAGAAGAGAUGGAUGAAGGCUUACACGCUCAUCAUGGAGAGGAAGAGAAAGAUGGAGGGACCUCCACCUCCAAAGCCACGCUCCCAGCAGCCAAACUUUGAUUAUCAUGCUGAAGUGGAGGCUUUCAGUGCCCGACUGCAGGAGAGUUUCUCUCUGGAGCUUCUGAAGAUGGCGUUUGUGAGCGCGUGUUACCUGCGAUCUGAGGAGGAGAGGAGGCGAGCGUUGGGCCUUGAUUUGGAGACGACUGCCCUCAACCUGAAAGACAACGGCGAGCUGUGUGUGCACGGUCAACAGUUCACAAAGGGUUUCCUCAGUGACUGGUGCAGGGGCAGCUUUCCCAGCCUGCCUGAAGAGGGUGUGGCAGCUGUCGUCGGCCACCUGACAGGGUCAGAGGUCAUGUGUCACGUCGCACGGAACCUCGCAGUGGAGGAUUUGACGAUGAGUGCAGAGUUUCCUGUUCCAGAUGAAGCCCUGCAAGGAACGUUCUUUGCUGUGAUUGGUGCUCUGGAGCAGAGCAGCGGGCCUGUGCGAGCCGGGCUUUUCAUUAGAGAUUUCCUGGUGACUCAGCUAAUAGGGAAAGAUCUGUUUGACAUGUGGAAAGUGGUUGAUCCCAUGGGGCUGCUGGUUAAAGAACUGACCCGUAAAGGUAUAGCUUUACCUGAGCCCCGCCUCAUCCGGUCUGCUGGCGCCAGUACCGUCCUCCCUCUCUAUUUCGUCGGGCUUUACAGUGACCGUAAGCUGCUGGCUCAGGGUCCAGGCGAGACUGUCCUAGCAGCCGAAGAGGAGGCAGCGCGCGUGGCUCUGAGGAAACUCUACGGCAUCACCGAGAACCGCAGACCGUGGGACUUCAGUGCACCCCGCGGGCAGCUUCAGAAGCCCAGCGCACAGGCUCUCACCAGCGGAUAAAUGACAGACUCCAGCGGUCAAUGUUUUGUACUGUGGCUUGAAGAGCAGAUUCCAGUGGGAGCCAAAAUAUGUACAUUCAUCAUCAUCUGCUUAUGUAGGUUGAAACUCGAUUUCAUUUGCUGAAAUGUGUCCGUCGGGUCACUGGAGUCCAAUUUAAUAUCCCAGAAAGACUGAAACUCUUGAUGUACCACAUACUAGGAUAAUUCAAAACAUCAUAUACAUCUACAUUAAGAGCAUUCAUCUGUUCUGCAGGUGCACGUUCUUUCAUCUAUUGCUGCAUAUUAUUGAUGGAUAUAAAUGGUAAGCUUCAUUGCUUAUAAAAGUUUGAACAAAAUGUUCCAUUUGAAGUGUUCAGUCUGGAUAGAACUUUUUGUGUUGUCAUGUAUACUGGUUUUGCUCAGUGGUUCUAAGUUGGUCACCAUAAAGAUGUUUGACUCAUCUAAUCAGCCAGAUUCUUAGUUGGCCAGCACGAGUGGUGAUUAGAAAUGCAGAUAACUGCUCUUCUGUUGUUAAACUAUAUUUAAUAUUAUCUUUGAAUAUUUUUUAUCUUACAGUAUUCAACCUACCGUUCUUUACAUCUUUACAUAAUCUUAAUGAACCCUAAUGAGUAAACCACCAUAUUCAUGUUUUAAAUGCCAGUCAAACUUAAUAAAAUGAACUUGUAAUAUAAA